AUGGGUAUACCAUACUCCCGCCAAAUCAACGCUGCAUUUGAACAAGUCACGCCUCUUGUAGCGGCCGGCUUCAAGGUUCUUCGUACAACCCGCGAUAUCUCGAUCUUGCUUGCGGUCAUCCAAGUUCUUACCGUCAUCCUCUUGGGGUUUAUUCUCGUCGCGCUCGUCUUGCUGCUAUACUGCGUGAAUCCGGAUCUGGAGGAAGAAAGAAAAGCCAUCGUAACGCCAUGGCUUCGAUACUUCGCUAGUAUAACGUUAUGGUCGAUAUUCAAGACCUUGUUUUCUACGCUAGUUGUGAUGGGGCUUGCAGCAGCGGCGACAUGGCACUUUUUUGUGGCGAAGCAGUGGGUGGAGGAUGUGGAGUACGACGCAAAUGUCGAUGCUGAUAAGGCGUUGUCGGAUUUGGAUGGAGAAGGAGCAGGAGGAAGCGGAGGAAACGGGGGCAAGAAAGGGAAAGGUAAGGGGAAGAAGUGA